GAGUCAUAGAACCCUGGUUGGUUCACUAUGGCAUUCCCCCCUUGCAAAAAAGGGGAUACCUUGUGCAAGCCAUAUGGCAGUUUUUGCUCCGACGCUUGCACUGCCUCUACCGGGCUUGUUAGGCAUUCGCCAAUCACAAUAUCCCUUUGUAAAACAACUGGGCCAAUUGCGAAGGAUUUUACUUAGCCAUCAAGUUUGGGAGGAGUCUCUAACAUAAACACAGAGAAUUUUCUAAGUCUUUAAAGUGAAACCGCCAAACACACGACAAACAAUCACAAAUUGAUAUUGUUCAAAUGUGUUUUAAAUUUUGUUUUCAAAUACAUUCGUAAAAAGAGCAUACGGCACAGGCUUAAAUUAGUUUAAAGCUUUAUCUGUGAAUUACAAACACUUAACAGGUACAGAAAGUUGAUGGAAAAGUGACUUAUGUCACUUAACUUGUAGCAAACAAGGAACCCUGAAUGAAAAAUGCGGAAAAAUUCUAACCGACAUUUGGUCAAAUGCCACCGGGCUGAUCACGCAGGCGAGAUUUAUUUAUCUUUUUUUCGUUUCUUAAUGAGACAGUUGCAUGCAAUGCAAUAUGCACCUCUACGUCCAGUGUUAUUUAUUAGCAUGUUUUCUUACGUCUCCUUCUUUCUUUUUUGAAUUUUCCUUCGUUACGACUAGUAAAAUUUCGGAAUGGGAUAUCAGGUUGGAGAUCUUUUUAUUCUUCACUUAAAAACAAAAAAAUAUUACCCGUUAGUUAUUGUAAAAAAAUAAAUAUUUUGAUUCUUGCGAGGAACAAGAAAAGACGUUGAUGAAACCGUUUCUUUAUCUUUUCUUUGCAACGAUAGACAAGACCAACUGCUGCCACCAGCAUGCCCAACUUCUUUCUUUAGUGCUCGAGGCCCACAUUGAUAAAAGGUCUUGGUCUGUAGUCCCUGUUUACAUUGUUCCGAUGGACCAGGGUUUUCCCUAAUGAUGGUUCAAAUUAUGGUAAUGAAUAUACAAAAUGCAAUUUUCUCUGUUAAAAUAAUAAUUGUAGUGUGACAUCAACUACCUUUGUGGUUAUCGUUGGGCCUCUCUUGAAAUGGCUGUCUAAAACUCUUCAGUCCUCGGGUUGGCACUGGUUGAUCUACAUAAAAAAGUAUUAUUAUCAGAGAGAAAAGUUAAAAGGGUGACUUGUUUUCCUUACCAAGGUUCAGUAAAUGCUUGGGCUUUGCAUCACUUUUCAAGUUCCAACGUUGAAAUGCGAAAAAAAGUUCCUCCAAUUGUCCUACCCUUCACAAUGUCGGCAUCGUCAAAAUGACGACUACACAAACGGGAAUUAGACGUCAAAUUACUGGAAGAAACCAACGACUUUCAAUCAGUGAAAGAGGAUGGUGGAAUCUGGAAAAAAGUUAUUCCGUUUUCUUUAGAGUUUUCUUUUCCAUACAUCACUUGACAGCCAGCUACAGCGCACCGACGCUUAGCCGCCAUUUUUUCCCUUUGUUCUCUCGGUUCUCUUCACUACCGAAAGUUUCUUAGUAUUCUCCCAGACGGCGCUACGACCGUUGGCGGAAAAAAUAAGCUCCGCCCCCAAAACCUAGAUUUUUUCGACCUUUGGCUUGCUCAAGGCAUCCCCUUUUUUGCAGGGGGGGAAUGCCAUAGUGAACCAACCAGGGUUCUAUGACUCUGAUUUAACAUGUCUGGUUGGGUUAUUUAAUCCUGGAAAGGCAACCCUGCUUUCGUGUGAUGUCUGUUUUGGCUGUCAUUGCAAGUUUCGGAAAUUUUAGGUAAAAUGAAAGAUUAUUUUCUUUCAAAGUGAAAAAUUGUUUUCUGGCCCCAGCUUAUACUUCUCCUUUGCUGAAGCUUGGGAUACGCGUUUCGUUUUUAAGUUUUGGAUGCCAUUAGCAAAAAUUAAAACUGUCAAUGAAAAUGACACAAUUACAACAAGAGAAAGAUACUGUUGAUAUCAACUUGACUCCACAGGAACUUCAGAUUUUAUCAGAACUUGAUAGUCGUCAAUACGGGUUCUUGCAACUUAACAGCCCUGAACAUGCUACAAAGAAAAUGUUGGUUGUGAAAGCAAUUCAAUAUUUAGAGCGAAUGCUGAGUCAAGCUCACCAGCAGUUGAAAAAUGAAUCAGAAAACUUGGAUAAGGGAAUCAAUAUUGAUCCCAAAACAUACUGCAAACUGGGCCAUUUUAACAUUCUUAUUGAAGAUUAUCCUAAAGCAAUGUCCGCCUACCAGAAAUUCCGCUCCCUUAGAACUGACCACUGGAGGGAUACUAACUAUCUUUAUGGCCUUGGAUUAGUUUACUUCCAUUUCAACUCUUUCAAUUGGGCGAUCAAAGCGUUCCAGCAACUCCUGUACAUUGACCCGGUCUAUUGCCGAGCCAAUGAGGUACACUUGCGGCUAGGCUUGAUUUUCAAGGUUACCGGCGAGUUGGAAUCGUCGUUGAAGCACUUCCAGCUUACCUUGAUCGAUUCAGCCCCGUGUUCGCUCAGCCAGCACGAAAUCCGAUUUCACAUAGCACACCUGUACGAGGUCUCCAACCGGAUCAAAACUGCGAAAGAACAAUACGAACAGCUGCUCCUGGAAAAACAACUGCCUCCGCUCGUCCGAGCUGACAUCUACCGGCAAUUGGGCUGGAUGCACCACUGUGUUGAAUCGCUUGGAGAACGGAAUCAACGUGAAUUGCAAGCGAUUCAGUAUCUGCAGCAAGCUAUCGAAGCAGAUCACAAAUCUGGCCAGAGUCUGUACUUACUCGGACGUUGCUACGCUUCCAUCGGUAAGGUUCACGAGGCCUUUUUAGCCUAUCGUAACUCGGUGGAUAAGACCGAAGGCAAUGCGGAUACUUGGUGCUCUAUCGGAGUUCUUUAUCAGCAGCAGAACCAGCCUAUGGACGCACUGCAAGCGUACAUAUGCGCUGUCCAACUAGAUAAAAAUCACUCUGCCGCUUGGACCAAUUUAGGUAUUUUAUACGAGACAAGUAAUCAACCGCGAGACGGUCUAGCGUGCUACGUUAACGCUGCUCGAGGGAGUGCGAGUAAGAAUCACGGCAAACCUGUACACCCCAAUUUACUCCAGAGGACAAAGUUUCUUCAACAACAGCUGGAGGGCGCUCCCACCCCUACGUCGUUCAACAAACCUCGAUUGUUACCUUCUAUUGAAGACGCUUGGAACUUGCCCAUCACCGCCGAAAUGAAUUCAAGGCAGCAGCAGAUGCAGCAAAGAGGAGCGGCUGGCCAAGGUGUAUUUCCUCGAGGUCCAGGAUUUGUUGAAGGUCCGUCACAGACCAAACGUUUUAAAGUGGAAGGGUCAGUAGAAGGUCCUGGACCUCGGCCGCCGUUGCCACCGUUCUACCUGACGUCACAGCAACUCCAGAUGCUGCAGUAUCUACAGCAGAACCAAAACAGCCUCACGCCGCAACAGCAACAGCUACUUUUGCAGCUUCAAAAUCAUUACAGGUUGAUGCAACAGCAUCAGCAACAGUUGCGACUUCAACAACAGCAGCAACAGCAAAUGAUACGAACUGGGCAGCCAUUUUCUCCUAGGCCUCAAGGACCUUUUCCUAUUGGUUCCCUACCCCAGCAGCAGCAACAGAAUUUUACGAGAGCAGCCGUUCCUCAGACGUCUUCAGUCCAACUCCCUCAACAGCAACAACAGCAGCCUUACAUGUCGUGCCCCCCCGCCCUCUCAUCUCCAUCGGGGGUGAGCGAUCAAGAGUUGCAGGCUUUAUUAUCACAAAAAGACAUAGCUGCCACUUUGGCUGAAGAUCUAUUAAAGCAGUUUGCUCAAGAAGGUGAAUUAGAUUUAGAGCAGCCACAGCCAGUCGUGGCACCGACCACAUCUUUGCCAACAUCCCAACCAACCACCAACCUCGUUCACAAUCCACCAUCCAAUAUUCGCAUCGCUAAAGAACCAACGCCAGUCUUGGCCAUUGGUGGCCCUAUGGGGCGUUCUUCCACUCCCCGCAACCGUGGUGCUCUUAAAGGCCGUGGCUAUUCCAAAAUCAUGGAAGAUGCAUCCGAUACGGAAGAAGAAAAAAGCCAAUUGAGCAGCAGUGAUUCGAGCACUAGCCAACUGAAAGAAGCUAACAUUAAAAUGUCAGCUCGUGAAGUUUUGGAUUCAUGUCGCGGAGCCGUUGGUUUCCAGGGAUUGCGUCGUUUUCACAUUUUAUCAGUCACUCUACCUCCUCCUCAACCCCCCGAGCCACCCGUUUCAGCAGUUCGUUUGAGCCGUGAGCAACUCUUGCCUCCUACGCCGAGUGUCUACUUGGAGAGUAAAAAGGAUGCAUUCAGCAUCCAACUCCAAGAAUUUUGCCUGAAGCACCCAAUCGCCGUCGUGCGUGGCAUGGCGUCGGCCUUAAAAAUGGAUUUGGGAUUAUUUUCGACGAAAACAUUAGUGGAAGCCAAUGCCGAUCAUCCAGUGGAGGUGAGGACGCAACUGCAGCAACCACCCGAUGAAAAUUGGGAUCCGACAUUGAGUCGCCGAGGAUGGGCGUGUAUUUCUCAUCGAUCCAUCACUACAAUUGCCAAGUACGCUCAAUACCAAGCCUCGAGUUUCCAGGAGAGCCUCAAGGAGGAACAUGAAAAGAUGACUAGCGGACAACAUCCGGUUGGAGGUCAUCGUCUGGAUUCAGAUUCAGAUUCAAAGGAUUCGGUGGGCACAUCUAAUCGUGGACUGGGUCUCAAGAAAGGCCGCGGCAAGCACGGUUACAAGACUAUCAAAUUUGGUACCAACGUCGACUUGUCGGACGAGAGAAAAUGGCGCCCUCAGCUUCAGGAGUUAAUGAAACUACCGGCCUUCGCCCGCGUUGUAUCGGCCAGCAAUAUGUUGACUCAUGUCGGUCACGUCAUAUUGGGUAUGAACACCGUCCAGCUUUACAUGAAGGUACCUGGUAGCCGGACGCCGGGUCAUCAGGAGAACAACAGUUUCUGCUCCAUCAAUAUCAACAUUGGGCCAGGCGAUUGUGAAUGGUUUGGUGUGCCUGACGCAUAUUGGGGAGCCAUCCACACGUUAUGCGAGAAGAACAACAUAAACUUUCUUCAUGGAUCGUGGUGGCCAAUGAUGGAAGAUUUACUAGAAGCAAAUAUUCCUGUUUAUAAAUUUUUGCAGCGGCCUGGUGAUGUAGUGUGGGUGAAUUCCGGGUGCAUCCAUUGGGUACAGGCUAUCGGAUGGUGCAAUAACAUAGCGUGGAACGUGGGUCCUCUUACUGCUAGGCAAUAUCAGCUGGCUAUUGAUCGCUACGAAUGGAAUAAACUGCAAAGCUUCAAAAGCAUCGUGCCCAUGAUACAUCUAUCAUGGAACUUGGCCAGAAACAUCAAGGUUUCAGAUCCAAAACUAUUCGAACUUCUUCGAAACACAUUAAUGAAGACCCUACGCCAUACGCAAUUAAUUACACAGUUUGUGCGUUCGAAAGGGGUGCAAGUCCGGUUCCAUGGACGAGGCAAGAAUGAAGCCUCACACUAUUGUGGACAGUGCGAGGAAGAAGUCUUCAACAUGUUGUUCAUCAAAGAGCAGGAAAAGAAGCACGUGGUCCAUUGUUUGCACUGCUCGCGCAGACAUAGCCCGAAUCUAGAAGGAUUCGUCUGUUUGGAGGAGUAUCAUCUGGAGGACUUAAUCGAGACGUAUGAUUCAUUUGUCAUGCACCCGCUCAAUGCACAAAUACAGCAACCCCCGACACCAGUGCCCACCACAUCUGGAACUUCUUUGUUAUCAUGCUGAAGAAAACGAAACUUUUGUAUUACAGACUUUCAUAAAGUUGUAAUUGUAAUAUGGUUCAUUGUAAUGUUCAAACAUGUUUCGUUACUAAGGCGUUGAAACUACUGCCACUCGACAGCAGGGACCCUUUUAUUUUCUCACGUCGGAUUUUGAAUUUGUAGCGUGUCCCUUCUUGGCUCUGCCUCAAUCCUGAAGAAUGGUGUGACCCUCCUUUUAUUUUGUGAUAGUUUUCACCUUUUAUCCUGUUCUGACCGGAUUUCGUGCUUAUGAAUUUUUACUACACUAAAUUUCUAUCGAGGCCUAAUUGAAAAAUUGUAAAAAAAAAAAAAAAUAAUAAUAAUAAGCAUAAAUUACUGCCUCUCCGGAAUUCCGUGUACGUCGGAAUUCAGUAAUGUUUGAUUUUGGAAACGUUCUUUUUGCGGACACUUCCAUCUCAUUCUUCUUUUUUAAUUUUUACUUUGUCUCUCUAGGAGUGAAAAAAUCAUAAUUGAAUAGCUACCGUUCAGUGUAGUCGAAUCUAUUUCAAUCCCUUGUAAGGUCUACUGUAAUGAAUUGAAUUAAGAUCUCCCAGAUAACUCCACCUCCCUCCCCCCUUCCCCUCCGAUAUAUCGUUGUGUCUUGUACCUCUUUAAGGAGAAGACCAUGCAUGUGUUCAGAUGGCACUGCCAGCUAUGCUAAUGAAAUUCUGUGUAAUUUUGCUCUGAUCCUUGUGUUUCAAUGUGCCCGUUAGCCAAAUGAUGUUGUGCACCAACUUCGAGAUACCAGGGACUAUCUUCAUUUAGCUCGUGGUGGUGUUUUCCUCAUCCACAAAUGGGCCCAGUCUGUUCAUAUUUUUCUGUCUAUGCAAAGUUGCUCUGCAUGCGCAUUCAAUGGACACGAUGCACAAGCACUUUCUCGUUAUUAUGUUAUUAUUCCCCUGUUGCAGUGGAACCGUUUAGUUGCUCAACCAUACAGCCCAAAAUAUGAGGAAUUCUAAUUACCCAGUCUUUAAUCUAAAUUUAGAUUAAUUCGACACAUUCCUCGUUGCUGUCUGCACUUGGACAAUACACUGCGCGUUCGAUUGAAAA